CCAGGUUCGAUGGGCCAACAAGACCCAAAAGGAAGAGCAGAACCCGGCCCAAUAAUCAAAUAACCGUCUCUCUAAAAGGGUUGAAUCAGGGUUUCAUUGAAUAGCUAUUCAACUUGCUCGUCUCCUGCGGCGUGUUCAACAAUCGGCGGCGAAAAUGCCUUCCCACAAGACGUUCAGAAUCAAGAAGAAGCUCGCGAAGAAGAUGAGGCAGAACAGACCCAUCCCUUAUUGGAUCCGCAUGAGAACCGACAACACUAUCAGGUACAAUGCUAAGCGCAGGCACUGGCGCCGCACCAAGCUCGGAUUUUAAGGUCCAUGUCAACCUCCGACUCGAGAUUUUUAUAUUGUUUUUGUUAUUCUAGAAUGUUACUAGCAAUGUGUAAACUGGAAAGGUUUUAGCUUUUGGUCAUGUGGUCACACAGAGGGAUCAUUGUUGAGCGUUUCCAUAUCUCUAUUUUGUUUUUGUACUUUUUUUGGAUAUUAAUCUGAGACUGAGAUGGUAGUUUUUAUUUACUGCCUUAGAUUUUUAUUUUUCUUUCUUUUUCCUUCAAGUUUGCAAACCCAAUUUCGUAGGAAUGUUGAAUGGUGUUGUUCUCUACUGCUU